ACUAUCAUGUGGAAAAUGACUUUCUAGCCUCCAAAUACUUUUACUUUUCAAAUAAUUUGAUUGCAAUACUCCAGUGAAUGGAAAUAUAAGCAGAGCGGCGGAUGUCUUCAGACGAAGGAGCACCAUGGGGACUCCCAGUAUCCAAGCCUGGCACCAAGCUGGAGCGAUGUCUGCUUGGAAGGCGCGAGAUGCUCUUACCAGAGGCCAUGAUUGAACAGUCCCAUAUUUUCAAUGAUGUGGUAAGCAGGGAGACGUGGCAGAAUCAGCUAACGAGUGAACAGCGGGCACAUCUGCUGACAUUCUUGCCAAGCUUUCCAGAGAAUGACAAGAAGGGCAAAGAAGAAACCCUGGAAGGUCUUUUUGGAGGUGAUAAUUUCAAGUUUGGAAAUCCAUUGAAAGAGUUCCAUACAAAGCUGAGAGAUGGAUUUUACUCUCCCGACAUAGCCAAGUACACUAAUUUGUGUCGAACAGUCAAAUACAGGGAGUACAAACAUCGGCAGCAAACAUACUAUUCAAACCUCCUUAAAGAAAUUCUACUCUCAAGACAGAAAGUAUUUGAACAAAUGAAGAAGAUUCCUCCAGAUGGCCAUGUGACAAUGGAGUACAACCCUCCCCCACCACCACUCAGGGAACGCACAAUAGAACACAAAGUCAGAAAAAAAUAUGUCAGGUUGAUGAAGGAAGUACGGGAGGAAUGUGGCGUUGAAGACACUUCGUCAGAGGAAGAUGAGCAUGACAGUCCUUCUCAGAGAGGUAAAAAGCAGUUGUUUAAAUCCUUGUGUCCCAUUCCCUCACCUGAACCUACUAUUCCCAGCGUAGUUGCCACCUUUUCUGCCAAGCCUACAGUCAAUGGAGAUGUUGCAGGUGAAGUUUUACCACAGACAAAACGACAGCGCCCAUUCAGCCCUGUAGAAAUAUCGGAAGAAGAUUAUUUAUUAAUGUUAAAAAAUCACAAAAAGAAAAAGUUGGAAGCUGAGGAGUACCCAGAAUUGAAUACACAGAACAUCACUAUGCAAGACAUCAUGGCGAGGUGUCAGGCCAGCAGGAAGACACCGAAGACACAACCCACUCCAGAAAAUUCAUCAUUAUCAUUAGCUAAGAAGAAGAAGAUCAGAUUAAAAGAAAAAUCAGACAGAAAGCUCAAGAAAGUGAUGAAGAUUAAACAAGAAAAGAUAAAGACAGAGCCUGGAUAUAAUGAAGAAGGAUCAGCUCUGGGGAUGAAUGACAGCUUCCUUAAGGGCGAGGAUGAGGGGGUCCCUGACUUUCCUCUCCCUGAUACCUGUCCUACCAGGCUUUCCUUCGGUCAACACAACAACUUCUUCAGUCUUAUUAAGGAUCUACUCAACGAGUUCCAGGACGGCAAGUUUACCACAGCCAAUUUGGAGGAAAAGGUACGAGAGUGGCAGGAGGCACCAACUAGCUCCCUCAACUCUUGGUUCAGCCUUCAGGCUAAUUGGGUGGACAGUGUCAUGUCGGCACUAAAAUUUUUAGCUGGAGACCUAGUAGGUGCCACUCCAGACAACUUUGUCCCUUUUGUGGACUACAAGGAGCGAGCUCAGCAGUGGCGCUGGAUCGGUGUUGGCCGAGACUCUGAUGAAACUCUCCAGGAACUUUUCAAAUAUUGGAGUUCAAAUAAGAAGGAAUCCACAACUGACCUCAAUGACAGUGGUCAAGGAUCACCGCCACCUCCUCGAAGUUGGACUUCAUUUGUGGUACGAGCAACAUCAGAUGAGGAAAAGAGUACAUUUAGAGAACAGGAAAAGAGACGUUUUGAAAACCCUCACAAAGCAUUUACAUACAAAAUGCAUGGCUAUGAGUCGGUUGUAGGGCCAGUGAAGGGGGUCUACAGCAAGGAGAAUGCCAUGAACAAAGCAAGGGAGCAUGCCUUGUUAAUCUCUAACAGGCCUUCCUUUGUCACCAUCCUUACACUGGUUAGAGAUGCUGCAGCACGAUUACCCAAUGGAGAGGGAACACGUGGUGACAUUUGUGAGCUGCUGAAAGAUUCUCAGUUUCUAGCUCCUGGAGUAUCAGAUGCACAGAUAAAUGUGGUGGUUAGUGGGGCUCUAGACAGGCUCCACUCGGAGAAGGACCCUUGUGUCAAGUACGAUGUCAACAGGAAACUGUGGAUCUACCUUCACAGGAGUCGUGCUGAAGAGGAGUUUGAGCGGAUACACCAGGCCCACGCUGCAGCUCAGAAAGCCAGGAAAUCAUUACAGAAGCCUAAAACACAGAAAACCCAGAAAGUCAAGGAGUUGACAAGCCAAACCUCAACCACUCCCAACUUGACAUCAGCCAGUAGUCCACGCCUCACUCAAUCCCUCAGUGCCAGUACAGAGAGCCUCAAUGCUCUAGACAGCAGUCACACGCCCUCCAGCCCUGUGGUAACUGGAAGUCCCACUCCCAAGGGUACUCCCAACAGCCCUGUAGUAGGACAGGUCAGCCCCAGAGCAACAGGAAGUCCACGGACCACCUCAACCCUGGCCUCCACAAUGAAUAAAUCUGGGACUACAGCCAACCUCCUGUCUAGUGGAAGUGGUUUGCCAUCGAUGAGUGGUGCCACUAUUAGGUUCCAGAUACAGCAACUGCAGCAGCAACAGCAGCAACAACAACAGCAGUUACAGCAUGCAGGAAGUCUUCCUGGGACACCUACUAAAGGCUUGUCUCCAGGGAGCAACAGGUCACCGUCUGUUAAUGUUUCUACAGCCUUACAGCAAUCACAGCCUGACACACCAACUGGAGUCUCUAAGACACUAAAUCUGCACAAUGUUCGAGCCACACUGAUGGGCUCAAACCCACAGGGCAGCCCUACCUUAGCCCAGAGUCUAGGACAACAGAUCUGCCCAGAGCUUUUUAUACAAGGGUCACGAGGUGGCACGCCUAGUAACUCCCCAGCCCACACUCCUACUCCUUCCCAAACCCCAACUUUGGUCACCAAGAAAACCACUACUGUCGCCACUACUGCCACAGGACUUCAGACUAUGAUCGACGCUAGCAACACUACAUCAACAGUGCCAUCAUCUGGUGUUGGGGCACCUUUAGUGGCCCGCUUAGUCGCUGGAAACCAAAUGGUUUCUGUGAGUAAUCUGUUAGCAGCACAGAGAGCUCAGGCACAGUCUCCACGCGCUAGUACUACCAUUAAGAUACAAGGCAGCAACAUGGUACACCAGGUGACUGGAGGAAAACCUGUACAGUUUACAGGAAAGCCCAGAGGUCAGCUGGUGCAGAUAGGGGGUAAAGGUCAACAGCAGAUCCAGGGUCUGUUACAGACCCAGCAAGGUGCACUUCCAACCAUCAGCAUAAUAUCACAGGGCAGUGGAGGAGGGGUGAUGACUCUUGCCCAGCCUCGCACUCCUACAGCUACCUCAGAAUCAUCAGUGGGAAGUCCAACCACACAUACAGUCACCACUAACUCUCGCCUGACCAACCCCUCAGUGGUCAAUACAGCCACACCAGCUGGCUCUCAGGCCAUGGUCCAGAUGGUCAGUCAGCCUAAAGUAGUAACACCAGGGCAAGGUGGCAUUGUGGUUACUCAACUUCCUCAUGGCAGCAUCACACUGCGUCCUGGAGGCAUGCCAGCAUCCACACAGGCAAAGGUGGUCACUGCAGGCCAAGCCGGUCUCUUACCUCAGUUCAUAGUCCAGCAGUCAACAGGAUCACUUACCAGUAACAAUGCAACUCUCACCCAGAGUUUUUCUGGUGGAAAGCCACUCCAGAUCAUGAGUGGGGCAAGUCCAAAGCAGGGCCAGAACAUUCAAGUGGUGCGGACUGUGCUGGGUCAGCAGGCUGGACUCAAGCCUGGUCAGGCUACCAUCCUCAUUUCCCAGCCCCAGAUCCCUGAAAACCAAGCAACUCAGGCCACAGUGCUGCCCUCUGGACAGAUUAUACCAAACCCAGCCAAGACCCAGGGCAAGAGUUCACAGAAGGGCAAGAGUCAAACCGGUGCUGUAUAUGCCCGAAUUAUAGCCCCUCCUCCAGGGCUAAAACUUGCUGGUGGACAGGGAAUUUCAAACCAAGGUGUAGGAAUGUUACAGACUGUUAACAAAUUAAACAUGGUUCAAACGGCUGGUCGAGGGGCAGUUUCUAUGACACCGGUCGGAGAAACCAGCCCACACACUUUGGCAGCCACUGCCUUAUCUACUAGCUCAACUGAAGUGCCCAAUUCAGAUGCCAAGUCAUGACAUAGAUGAAAGUAGUGUGUUCAGUGUAUACAUUGUCUUUAUUAGGAGUUCUCCUUUAGGGUUUAAAAAAAAUGAAUUGAAUUGAAGACUUCUGUUUGUAUAUGGUUGCGAUAUUUAUCCUACGAUAAGUCCAAGGAGACAACAUUUUAACUCUAAAUCAAUGUUGAGGGUGGGCUUAUAACAGGACAAUGUUCUAGUGUUUGUUGACAGUUCUAUUAAAGCUGUAACAGAUGUUGGAAGACUUACUACUGGGUAUAGGCUUAGUGCAAGAUAAAUAUUUGUAGUGAAGUAGAACUAUUUUUAUACCUGGUUUUCAUAAGACCGACAAUCUCUUCAAGGGAACAGUGUUUAUAACGGAUAUUUACAUGUUUACAGUAAAGGAGAGCUAACUGCAAAAUAAUAAACGAAAAAAAUUCAAAACUAAAGGUCUUUCUGAUUUAUUCAAUUCUUAUUACAAAACAGCAUUUGAUAUCUUUUUCAAGAUAUGUAACACAAAAUUAUUUUUUAUUAUUUUCUUUCCCUCAUCAGGAACAAAUCUUAAUGGUCACUUGCAAAUCAUCAAUACAUGUAUAUAUUUCUGGGAUACCAGCAUCAGCUCUGUGAUACAAAGUAAAUUGAAAUCACUUGAUAAAGUAUAACUGUUUUAAACACCCCCACCCCCAUUCCUACCCCCGGGCUUAUUGCAGGAUAAAUUAAGCAGUCAAAACUAAAUUGAAAACAUAAAAAUGAAUGCUGCCAUUUUGGUAUUUGUUUUUGUAUUUUGCCUGAUAAUUUAAUUGAAUCACAACGGGUACUUUUGUUAAAAGUGUUCCAAAUGUUUGUGAUCAGAUUGAGUCUGAUGUUUCUGGCCUUUGCAAAGAAUUUGUUCAAAAUGUAAUAUAAAAAAAAAUAGAUAUACUGGUCAAUUUACUUUGAAAUGAAAGAAAAAAAUUUGUGAGUGAAUUUUUGAUAUGCAUAAUGUAUCUUUGUUGAUGAUAUAAACAUAAAUACAUGUAUAUGCACAUUUAUUUAUGACUAGCACAAACAUGUUUGAAAACUGUUAUCAGUAAUUUUGAAUUUGAUCAGUAUUUUCGUUAAUGUAAAUAGCUCUUUGAUUGAUCUGUACAAUCACUGGGUAAACUUUUCAUUCUAAUAGAUGUAAAAAAAAGUGUGAUAACAUUUAAAUAUUUUUAUGACAUAUUUGGCUUGGAGAGGCCAUUAAAAUGAACUCACUAUAUUCCUAUAAUUAGUGAUGAUUUAGCUAUUGGAUAUUAUUUUGUUUGAUCAGUUCUCGAAGGCACUUCUUUUGAUGUGUGAUCCCAGGAUGAGUGGUUGGCACUAUCCAUAUCCAACACCACAAGCGAACUGUUCCAACAGUGAUAGGUUUAGUACUGUUCAUGUUCAUUUAAAUUACACACAAAUUUGGAAACACUGUAACACAGUGUCAGUACUUUUGGAUAUUGGUAACUAUACUAUAAGACUUUGCAAUACUAUCCAGUUUCCAUCUGAUAAAUAACAGUUAUGUUUAACACGGGGUACUAAUACCAGUGUAGUGCUUUCUCAGUCACAUUUAUGCAAAGUACUAUUUUUUUAUUGGUUCCAGUCUAAGUAGACAAUCACUUGAGCAUUUAAAGGGUGUGUUCGGUUCCUCACUUCUUUUGAUUUGAGUAAUAGAAUUAAUGCAAUAUGCAGUGCACGAUAAUUCAAAUGUUCAUUAAGAAAGAAAAAAUUCUCAUUGAUGAAAACAUUCAUAGAAACUAUGAAACAUUUUUUUUCCUACUAAAUUAUUUAAAUGUUUAUAAAUUGUAUAAAUCAUAAAACUGAUUGUGAAUUUUCUGUUAUUUCUUAAAAGUGAAAUUGUUAUUGUAUAACAUGUAGUACUGAAAUGUAGACCAGACACCCAAAGUAAAGAAGACAAAAUAGC